AUGCAGAACAAUACGCAUGGUUGGCCCCUUAGUGCUCAUCCAAAUCUUAACACUAUACACCCCCGAUAUCAAAACGAGCAAGUACCUCCAUCUCCCCCGAGAACUAGACCAUCACCAUCCCGGUCCUCAUCCUCCAUCUCACCAUCCAGAUCUCAACCUCCUUCACCCAGGAGAGCACGAUCCUCCACUCCCUCUUCUCCAUCCCUCCUCACCACCCGCCAACAAGACGAAGAAUACUUCCUCUACCAAGAAACCCACAAUAAAAUGCUCUCUCAGAUCAACGAGCGCGCAAGCGGUAUCACCCAUCCGGAUAGUAAUAAUAUCGGCAUCGCCACGGGAGAAGAGUCAACGAGACAAUAUCUCAUUUUGAAAACAAUUGAUACGUGCUCCUCGCAGGAAGUCAAGGAAAUUGGAAUCUUCCUGAGUCGGAAUCGCUUGGUGAGAUUGUGGGUGCAGAAUUUGCUGGAUGAUGCGGAGGAGGUGAGGAGGAGAGAGGGGAAGGUGGUGGUGUAUAGGUGGAGGGAUGUGGUGGAGGAGUUGGUGGUAGGGAAUAAGAUUGUGAGGGGGUUGUUGACGAGGUUGUUGUUGCAGAAGCUGGAGGAUGGGAGAUGGGAGGUCAGGAGAUUUUUGGAUGGGGGUGUGGUGGAGCGUGUGGAGGAGUUGGGUGGUGAGAUGAGGGGAUGA